CUGCCAUUUGAGUUUGCCAUCUUGAUUCUUUCGAAUGUCUUCAUUCUCUCCGCAAAACGUGCCUAAAGUGUGAUUCUAACCUAUGAAAUAGAUUUGCCUGUACUAUUUGAAUUUGAAUUAUUAUAGGUCACGCAAUAUUAUUCAACAAUUUGUCAUUGUUUUAUCUUGCUUGUGGAUAAUUAUUAUUGUCGAAUAUAUCUUAUUAUAGAACCGAGAUAUUGAUUUGCAUAAAAAGUAAUGGGUAAACCAUCCUCUGGACAAAAGAAAUUAUCGUGGACAUAUCGGAGAAAAGUAAAAUUGGGGAGGAUCCAAAAGUCUGAAAUCAGUGGAAAUAAUGGUGUAAACACAAGUGUAGAUGAUAAAAGUGCUCGAAUAAUCGUUAGGAAUUUACCUUUUAAGGUAACAGACAAAGAUGUGAGGAAAUUUUAUGAACCAUUUGGCGAAAUCAAGGAGAUAAAUCUGUUGAAGCAUCCAAAUGGAAAAUUGGUUGGAUGUGGUUUCAUACAGUUUAAGCAUGUGGAAGAUGCAUCAAAAGCAAUAUUUAACACCAACAAAAAAGAUUUUCUAGGGAGAAUCAUAAAUAGCGAUUGGGCUAUAUCAAAAUCUAAGUUCUGCAAGAAACUUGAGGCAAGACUUGGUGAAAAUGGACAAAGCGAUGAAGGACAUACUUUUGAAGACAAGAAAGAAGAAGGUGAUGCAGUUGAAGACAGUGCAGGCCACAAAGAAAAAAAUAAUGCAAAACAGCAAAAAAGUAGGAAGCUCCAGAGGAUGAAGAAACAGAAAAAACGAGCCAGGAUCGUAAUUCGAAAUCUAUCAUUUCAGGCCACACAUGAUGAUUUGAAGGAAUAUUUUUCUCAAUAUGGUAAUAUAGAAGAGAUAAAGAUUUUGACGAGAAAUGAUGGUAAGCGAAUUGGAUGCGCGUUCGUGCAAUUCGAUCUUGUACAAAGUGCAGCAAAAGCCAUACAUUAUGCAAACAUGCAGCAGUUUUCGGGCAGAGCUAUUGUAGUCGAUUGGGCUGUAGCCAAGAAGAAGUUUUUGAAGAAUAGUACGGAAACUAAUGUAAAUCCUCAAGUGAAAAGUGAAUCUACCGAUAAGAGCGACUCUGACGAUGGAAAUGCUGAGUCAGACAGCAAGCAAGCCGCGACUCGAGAAAAUGGUAUAAAGACGGAGGAUGAAUUUGAUGAUGAAGAAGUUAAACUUGCGGAAGACACCGAUAGCGAAGAUGAAAGCGCUGAUGAUAGCGAUGAUGAUGACAAUAGUGGUGAUAAUGAUGACGAGGAUGGGGACGAUGGAAUUAAGGAUUUCAUUAAAGAGGAGGAAAGAAGUGACGAGGGAGAGGUGAAACAGCGAAUAUCUGAUGACGUUAAUGAAGGCAGAACAGUAUUCUUAAAGAAUGUACCAUUCUCCAUUAAGAAUAACGAGCUUAAAGGAUACAUGGAGCAAUUCGGUCCAGUAUAUUAUGCUCUCGUAUGCAUUGAUCGUCUAACUGAACAUUCAAAAGGCACCGCAUUCGUGAAAUUCAAGAAUAUCACCAGUGCAGAAAGAUGUUUAUCGACCGAAUUACGUAUGCACGAUCAAAUAAUUGAGGCGCACCGAGCAUUAUGCAGAAAUGAAGUUGAAAAUAAGAAGAGCUUGAAGCAACGGAGGAUCAAGGAUUCUAGGAAUUUGUACCUCGUUAAAGAAGGAGCUGUGUUGGCCGGAAGCUCAGCUGCGGCGGAAGUAUCAGUUUCUGAUAUGGCAAAGCGUCUGAAAUUGGAACAAUGGAAGUCGCAGAUGUUGCGCAACUUGAAUAUGUUCGUGUCGAGAGUGCGGCUUGUUGUACACAAUUUACCGCUCAAUCUCGACGAUGCUAAAUUUAGACAAUUGUUUAAGAAUCACAGCGGCCCUAAGGCUGUGAUUAAGGAGGCACGCGUUAUGCGUGAUUUAAAAAAUGUCGAUGCAACUGGAAGGGGAAAAUCGAAAGAGUACGGUUUUGUUACGUUCACUGUUCACGAAGACGCACUCAAAGCUUUGAGAAGUUUAAACAACAAUCCGAAUAUCUUUUCUAAAAGCAGGAGACCAAUCAUCGGAUUCUCGAUAGAAAAUCGCAUUAUGGUGAACGCAAAGGAAAGAAGAAUUCAGAAGAGUCGCGAGCAUAAUCCAUUAUGUUCGAAGCACAAAGAAAAACGGAAGGCCGAAGAUGUCAAAGUGGAAGAGCUGCCGAACAAACGAGUUAAAAUGAGAAAAUUGAAUGACUCUGAUGAAAAAUCGUGCAAAAAAGUCGUACGAAAAAAAGUUAUAAAGAAGGAGAAAACAAAGAAAAAGCAAGAGAACAAUAACGCGCCGCAGACGAAAAAAUUGGAAGCAGACGAUGUAACCUUUAAUAAACUUGUUGAUAGUUACAAAAGCAAACUGAAAGGAAUGGACUUGAGAAAAUCAAAGUGGUACGAAGAAACCUCGAGCCAUUCUUAAUGUACAUUUUGGCGUGAGAAAGAAUAUCCUAUCGUGAUGAUAAUUAAAUAUUUGUAGUACUUUAAUAAAAGAGCAAAAGUGUGUGUAUAUAUAUAUAUACACACACAGGGUAUCUGUCAAA